UAAAUUAAAUUAUUAGAUUGGCUGGGUUGAUGAUGUGUUUCGAUCAACGAAAUCCCUAAUUAAAUAGUUUAUCUAGCAUGUAAAUAACUUCCUAGCAGUCCCUGCACCGUACCAAUAAUGAAUUUCAACGCGUCAAGGAACGUGGGUUCGUCGGGAGGGCUGCGGAAGGCGAAGCGCGUGAGCGACGUGGCGGCGAUGGGCGCGCCGUCACCCACGCCGGGGUUCAGCCCGGGCCCGGCGCCCGCCUACAGCGCGGGGCUCGGCGCGGGGCCCGCCGGCGCGCCGCCGCCGUACUCAGAGGGCAUCCCGCUGGACCACAGCCAGGGCUUCGGACCCGCCGCGCCCGGAGGAGACUUUGGGUUUGUGCCCGGGUUCCCACAGUCACCAAUGGCUGCGGCUCAGAUCGGCUCCAUGUUGCAGCAACCCGUUGUGCAGGACAUGGCCUUCCAAUACGGCAACCAGCUGGCGCAGCAGGGCAAGGAGGCGGUGAAGCGCGAGCUGGACCGCUACGUGCCCGUGUCCCGCCUGCGGUACUACUUCGCAGUCGACACCAGAUAUGUGCUGAAGAAACUGCUGCUUAUCAUCUUCCCUUUCACUCAUAAGGAGUGGAUGGUGAAGUACGACCAGGACAGCCCGGUGCAGCCGCGCUACGACCUGAACGCGCCCGACCUGUACCUGCCCUGCAUGGGCUACGUCACCUACGUGCUGCUGGCCGGGUUCAUGCUGGGCGUACAACACCGGUUCUCGCCCGAGCAGAUCGGCAUGCAGGCGUCCAGCGCGCUCGCCUACAUCAUCUUCGAGAUGAUCCUGUACCUCGUGACCCUCUACAUCACCAACACCAGCACCAGCCUCAAGACCCUGGACCUGCUGGCCUACUCCGGCUACAAGUACACCACGAUGAUUGGGAGCCUCAUAGCCGGGCUGUUUGUGGGCAAGACGGGGUAUUAUUGCGCGCUGGUGUAUACGAGUCUGGCGUUGAGCUACUUCUUGGUAAAGACGCUCCGCGUGCAAGUCCUAGCCGGCUCUGCGCCCGCGCAGCCCGCGGAGCCGGCGCCCUACGGCGGCUACGGCGCGGGCUACGGCUCGCCCAACCCCUACGCGGACCAGUGGCGCCCCCCCGGCGGCGGCGGCGGCGGCACCAAGCGCCGCGUCUACUUCCUGCUGUUCGUGGCCCUCACGCAGCCGCUGCUGUCCUGGUGGCUCACCUACCACCUGGUACCUUCAGCUGCGGCCUCGCUCGAGCUGCCGAUAGCCACGCGAUAGCGCGCGCCCAAACAAACGUCAAAGUGACAGCGGCGGGACUGUGUGUGUGUUAUACAAUUUUACAGAUUCCUUUUCCUCAGCCGGUCGGUGGUGUGGAAGUGAUUCGGUUUCCAGAUCAGAGUUUUUUAUUGUAAAUAUUUACUUAAUACUUACCUACUUAAAUAAAGUGUAUGUAUGCAGUGGUCGAAAUUGCAAAUUUUAUAUGUUGUUGUAAAGCGUUUAUUGAAUAAAUGAUAUUUCAUUGUA